GGCAGCCGUGUCGGGUGCUCGUGGGGCGGGCAGGGCAGCGCGGCCGCCGCUCCGCAGCGCAGGGACCGCCGCCGGCCGCCCCCAAGAUGCUGUUUUGGCACACGCAGCCGGAGCAUUACAACCAGCACUCGACCGGCAGUUACCUGCGAGAUGUGCUUGCGCUGCCCAUCUUCAAGCAGGAGGAGCCGCAGCUGUCUCCUGAGAACGAUGCCAAGCUGCCCCCCUUUCAGUACGUCCUCUGCACAGCCACCUCCCCCGCCGUGAAACUGCACGAGGAGACUCUGACCUACCUCAACCAAGGUCAGUCUUAUGAAAUCCGUCUACUUGAGAAUAGGAAAUUGGGAGAGUUUCAAGAUUUAAACACAAAAUAUGUAAAGAGUAUAAUUCGUGUGGUUUUCCACGACCGCCGCCUGCAGUACACGGAGCAUCAGCAGCUCGAGGGCUGGAGGUGGAGUCGGCCUGGGGACCGCAUCCUUGAUAUAGAUAUCCCGCUGUCAGUUGGUAUCUUGGAUCCCAGGGCUAGCCCAACCCAGCUGAACACUGUUGAAUUUCUCUGGGAUCCGUCAAAGAGGGCUUCAGCAUUCAUUCAGGUACAUUGCAUCAGCACAGAGUUUACUCCACGGAAACAUGGAGGAGAGAAGGGGGUGCCCUUCCGGGUGCAAAUCGACACCUUUAAGCAGAAUGAAAAUGGUGAAUACACAGAACACUUGCAUUCUGCAAGCUGCCAGAUCAAAGUGUUCAAGCCUAAAGGAGCAGACAGAAAACAGAAGACUGACAGGGAAAAAAUGGAAAAGAAGACCACCCAAGAGAAGGAGAAGUAUCAGCCUUCCUAUGAGACAACUAUUCUCACAGAGUGCUCUCCCUGGCCAGAUGUGCCUUAUCAAAUGAACAAUGCUCCAUCUCCAAGCUACAACAGUUCUCCCAACAGCUUCAACCUCGGAGAUGGCAACAGUUCUCCAACCCACCAAAUGGAGCUCCUGCCUCCCACCAAUGAUCAUCUCCUUCCUUCUGCUUCUAUUCAAGAUGCCCAGCAGUGGCUUCAUCGUAAUAGGUUCUCUCCAUUCUGUAGACUCUUCUCAAGUUUUUCGGGUGCCGACUUACUGAAGAUGUCCAAAGAAGAUUUUGUUCAAAUCUGUGGGCCUGCUGAUGGAAUUCGGCUCUUUAAUGCAAUUAAAGGAAGAAAUGUGAGGCCCAAGAUGACAAUUUAUGUCUGUCAAGAACCAGAGCAAAACAGGUCUCAUCUCCACCAAAAACGAGAAAAUGGAGAUGGCAGUCUUUGUGUGUACCACGCAAUCUUCUUGGAGGAGCUGACCACGCUGGAGUUGCUGGAGAAGAUUGCGAACCUGUACAGCAUUUCUCCACAGCAGAUCAACCGCAUCUACCGGCAGGGACCCACGGGCAUCCACGUCCUAGUGAGCAAUGAGAUGGUGCAAAACUUCCAAGACGAGUCCUGUUUUGUUAUCAGUACAUUGAAAGCUGAGAGCAAUGAUGGCUACCACAUCAUUUUAAAAUGACCGUGCUGCACAGAGAGACUUUAACGGCCUAAAACUUAGUGCCUCACUGAGAUUGCUACAACCUAGACUGGAAACACGAAGAACCUUCUGGAUAAAUGCUCCUGUGAACUAAGAAUUACCAAACAGCUUAAGAAAAAACUUGCUUUUACAGAUAGAAAUUUUUGGUGGUGUGUGAUUUUGGUGGGUUUGGUUUUUUUUGUUUGUUUGGUUUCAUUUUUGUUUUGGUUCUUUUGUUUUUUUUAAGCUGGAGCUGAGAACAUCCUCAAAGCUUGUACAUGUUUUUUCCUCCCUCCCUUCCUCUUCAGUCUUGAAAAUUGUAGAGGUUUCUGCUUAUUACUUAGAAACAUCUGCCAUGUACUAAAGGGAAAUGAAAGAUAAACAAAUCCCAAUUCUCUUCACCCCUCAUGUUCAGGUGAAUUGAUUUACUUACAGUUCUGAGUGCUCUCUUGCUUUCGACACACACCCUGAUGCUGAUGGAUGUGGACUCCCCAGGGUUCCUCUUGUACUCUUUGAGGUGGAAGGCUUGGGGCUACUCCCAGAACAGAUUGGGCAGUGCAGAGGAUGGGUUUGGUGCCCACCCUUCACUGAAGUGUCAGCUCUGGAAGCCCCCCACACUUUGCUGUUCUGCACCUGCAGGUGUGCUCCAAGUCCAGAGACCCUGGUCCCUCCUGACAGAGCUCCUGUAGUACUGAUCCAGCAGAGCAGUUCUGGGGGGUUCAGUGCAGGACAGACAACUUGUGGUGAGCAGUUGAGUACCUUAUUAUCUGUGGCUUAAGAGUAGUCUCCUUGAAUGGAGCAUAUGAAGAUUUUCUGAGGAACUCUUUUGAGCAUUGGAAGCUAUAGUGCUCGUGACAAAUUCAUACUAUGGAUUUAUUCUACUCUACAAAUUAGUGAUUAACUGCUAUCUUUACUGUAACUGGGAAUUAGAAGUUAUAAUCUUAAUGGAUUUUCAUCCUGUUACUGAAGUAAAACUGUUUUGAUCAAGACCAGGUAACAGAUCAUCUUAGUUGCUGCUUCCUAUAUUCUUGCUCUUUCACCUUUGACCUCUGUUUCCCAUAUCUGUAACUGUGAUCAGCUCCACUCUCCCUUGGUCUUUUGGGACUCCAUCCAAGCUCCAUUGACCUAAAAAGGUGGCUUCUGCUGAAGUCAAAGGCAAACUGCAUUGCACCUUUCUUGCAUGGAUGAAAGCAUUUCACAUUUGACAGCUAACUAAUGUGGCUGUUUCCCCAAACUGAGUGUCCAUAUACCAUCAAAAUCUGAUUCUUGAACAUUUCAUUUAAUUUCAUCCUGAACUGACAUGGAAAGCUGAAAUACCAAACAUUUUCCUGGAAUGGAAAUUUUUGAAAAAAUGAGAAAUUGUCAACUGGAAAACACUGAAUAAAAUGUUCCAGCCUUUUGAAAUGGAAACAUUUAAUUAAAUCCAUUUGGCCCUUAAAGCAGCAUCAGUUUGAGCUACUGUUGCAGCCCUCAGAAAUUGUCAUUCGAGUGCCUUGUGCGCCAUGUCUCCCUUGGGGCUGAGCUCUUUGGCUGAAUCACAGAUCCCAUGAUGCUCCUACCCUGGGUUAGUCAAACAGGGAAUGCGUCAUGAGGGCUGGAGAGGUGCCCAGGGAGAGAGGGGGCCGCGGAGCCCUUGAGUUACAGCUCCCAGCUGACACUGGAGGAAUUCGGACAGACACGGACUGAUAUCUCUCUGACAAAAGUUAUGUGUUUCAAGUGUUCCCAACAGAAAUAAACAGCAAAAUAUUGAGAAAAGCAACCUUUUUUUCAUUAAAGCAUCAAGUUUUGCGCAAAAAACCCCACCCAUCUCCAC